AUGAAGAAUAGCUCCUCUUUUGAGCUCAAACAGCUGAUUAGCCAAACUCUUAGGCCUCUUGCAGCUUUAGAUAACCUUGAGCACGCUGAACACGGUUUAGGAGAUUUGUUCAUUGGAACUGUGUCCAAUAAAUUGGACUAUGCCACCGCCAAGGAUUGGCAAAGGCAUUUAGGUAGUUCUACCGACCCUUCUAUGCUGGCUCAGUUUAAAGGUUUUUUAAAUAACCAUUUAAUUUCAGUGGAAUCUUAUAUUCCUAAGCAGAAACCCUCUGUUGCGCAUCCAUCACCCAAGCAGGGAAAACAGAAAGACGCCACCUUUGUUUCUGCGUCUCAUCAGACUACGUCCACAAACCUUGUAUGCCCUUGCUGUAAUGGCGAACACCAUGUUCGAUUAUGUGAGAUUUUUAAGUCCAAGCCAUGGCCAAUUAAAAAAUCAAUUCAAUCCAAGGCGAAACUAUGCCACAACUGCCUUGAUCCGCACAAGUUCGGGGAUUGUCGUUCUACCACUCUUUGCGCCUUCUGCCAACAAAAGCAUCAUACUCAUAGAGAUUCCAGUUCUUCUCAAUCUCAAGAAAAAGGUGUUGACCCAAAAAACACCACCAAAGCUGGCAAGGCUCCUGAUGCUAAAGUCAUUUUAGAUACUAGUUCUGCUUGUUGCUCCAAUACUGUGUUAUUGGCUACUGCGAGAAUCCAAAUCGUCUCCCCGUCAGGUAAAGUUCUAACAGCCCGAGCACUCGUUGACCCGUGCUCUCAAGCAUCGCUUAUAUCUAGGUCACUUGUCCAGAUGUUAGGUUUAAAGCCUCAAAAAACUAGUGCUGUUUUGACGGAACUUGGAGGAGUAGUCAAAGCAAAUGCUAUCCAAUUGGUUACGUUCAAAAUUAAGCCAAACUUUGAGUCCAAAUUCUCUUUGGAAACUAGCGCUCUUGUCAUAAACAGAGUGUCUUCUUACCUUCCGCCUGCCAUUAGUCAAAGAGUGCAAUUGGAUUGUUUUAAAGGCAUUCAAUUAGCUGAUCCGUACUUCUUGAACAAAGAUCCCAUUGAUCUCCUUCUUGAUGCUGUGACUCACGCGACUAUUAUCGAGGGACCUAUAAUAAAGAAAGGUCCUAACUACCCCACUGCUGUAAAAUCAUCAAUCGAUUGGCUUCUAUCAGGUGCUAUGAGUUCUCUCAGUACGUUCCAAAAUCAAGUCGUAUCUCUCAAUAUUUGUCAGGAAGAUAAUGAUAGCGAUUUGUUGCAGAAGUUCUGGCAGAUAGAAGAGCCUCUGAGCUGUAAGAUUAUCCUUACUAAAGACGAGCAGAUAUGUGAAAAAAUGUUCGUUGAAAACUACACUCGAGAUGAAGCAGGGCACUUCACAGUGUCCCUGCCCUUGAAGGAUUCUACAGACGUUUUGGUAGCUUCGUGGGAAGAGUCAUUCCAGUUAGCUCGUGCCAUGUUUCUUCAUCUUGAAUCUAAGUUUAAUUGA